AUGCUCAAAGUUCCCCUACGGACAGCCGCGCCAUUCUGUAAGCUUCACCCUCCAAGGGUGACGAUGACCAGCGUGGAGGAUAUCCACGAGGGCCUCUGUGUGGCUCUUCGUGAACACGGCCUGCAGGAUCUGGGUGUACCUGCUGUCGCGCAGGCAAUUGUCCGCGAAGUCUGCCCAAACGGGCUGAUCCUUGUGGACAUACUGGGCUUUGAGGAAGUAAGGCAGGCACACGUGAACGCAGGCUGCUUGCAGCGCCAGGUGGUGCCUGCGGAGGGCACAAGAGAAGGUGAGCAACAAGCAUGGGAUGAACACAAUAAGCCAGCGUGGAGGCGGGCUGUGUCUCGCAUGCCGGCGCUGCUGGUCACUCUCGUCAUCGAACUCUUUGUGGCCCUUAUCGUGACUGAGUACACGGACACCUUCAAGAAGUACACGUUACUCAUCGCCUUCCAGCCGGUGAUCAGCGCUCUUUCUGGAAACGUUGGGCUUCAGACCAUGGCUACCAUCACCCGUGGCCUGGUGAUUGGGAUUUUCAAUGGCCGAGAGACGCUGCGCGGCAUGCGGCAUGAAGUGAAAUCUGGCAUGGUGGUCGCGGCCCUACUGAGCACGGUGGUUGCAGCAGUCGCGUUUGCCUGGUACAAUCCGUUUUCAAGUGGCCAUUCUUUCCUGGGCACGUUGGCCUUUGGUUUUGCCAUUUUUCUGGGGCAGUUUGCAUCAAGUAUCUCGGCUAGUGUCACGGGCAGUUUGGCUCCCCUGCUUUUCAACAAGCGUGGCUGGGAUCCAGCUGCACUGGGCGGGCCGCUUGAGACCGCCUUCCAGGAUGUGAUUGGCAGCUCCGUGAUGCUGGCUGCGUCUGCAGCGGUCCUCGCGCAGUUUGGAGAUCAUGCAGAAUCCUGUCCCGGAGGGGACGUGAAACGCUGUGCUUCGCUUUGCAAGGAGGGGCCCAGCUAUAACGAGCAGUGCUUGCAGCACUGCUUGGACCUUGCAUUGAAGGGUGUUUGCUGA